AUUUUGGGAUCUUGGGCCCAUACGAAAACGUGAGCCGGGCUGGGGUGUCUAGAUUUGCGAGAUUUUGCAGCUACAGGGGUCGCUGUUGCAAAUCUGACCUUUGCAGUGUAUUCAGAUCGGGGCAUGCCUCACGUCUGAUUGGAUGGAGGGCAAUAUCUUACUUGAUGUCUGAUGGUCUUUAAGGUUGCCGUCGUCUUCUACAGCCUCCAUGGGAGACUCGUGACCACUGCCAAUGUCAUUGCUGAAGGUGCUGCAAAGGUCCCUGGAGCAGAGGUGACAGUGUACCGAGUGCGCGACCCUAUAAAGGGUGAUGACCACUCGCUCUUUGAUGAGGGUGUUCUGGAUGCUCCAGUAGCCACAAUUCAGGAUAUUAAGGAGGCAGAUGCGGUCAUCCUUGGAGCGCCAGGAAGGCAGGGUGGCAUGUGUGGCGAAAUGCGCCUCUUCCUUGAUUCCCUUGCGCCCCUGCAAGUGGAGAAGAACCGUAACUCUGCUGGAGCGUUGAAGGGGAAGGUUGGGAGCGCAUUCACUAGCGUGGGCGGUCACAGUCGGGGGUAUGGCGGGCAUGAGGCGAUCCUGCAGAGCUUCCACGCCUUUUUUCUGCAGCACGGAAUGGUAGUGGUUGGCAAUCCACCCACUCACAUAAUGGAAGAUGCAGCCCUGGCAACGCCGUUUGGCGUGGUCAUGGCAGGCAAAGAGACAGCAAGGUUUCCUCCAGCGCUCAAUGAGUACGAGGUCAAGCUGGCAUACAGCAUGGGAGAGUGGACAGCCCAGGUUGCCAAAUUGUUGCACGACUCUGAAGUGUCCUGA